AUGUCGGCCCUCACCGCCAAACCACCAUGCUGUUUCAGCUUGUCUCAGAUGGUGGAGGAUGCUCAACAACACGCGAAGCACAUUGAGUGUACAGUGUUUCACAUUCACGCCGUGCCAGUGAGCUGGACGAGCUUCCUUCAGGUGUACAAGAAAUGCACAGACGUGCGCGCAUUUGCUGAUGUGUUGUGGGACACACCAGACAGAAGGCUGACGCAGAACCGCACCUGGUGCUACACCCGUGAUGGCGCUUGGCACGUCAAGGCUUUCGCAAACGUCAGCGAGCACGGCAACGUAUCGUUUCGACGAGCCAUCAAAGCAGAGGAUUUCGGCACCGUGUUGCGGGAGCAUGGCGUGGCUCGGGAGGAGCUGAAGCCUGUCGUUGUCCUGAACACGCUGCGCCUUGUUUUCGACGACUCCGCUUUACCGCACACCACGGAGGCAGACAUUGGCGUGGUCGAUGCCACGUGGAUGCCAGAUGGUCGCAUCUACAGCGUGUGUCGCCUCAAGGGCAACCUCGACGCUGACUUAACGCCAACACCUGAGACGUCUGAGUUGACAUACAAACGUGCGCACUCCCGCAUCGCCACGUACUUACUGUCUCUGCCACGCGCUGAGCAGAGCGAAGCCGUGCCACCGAAUGUUCUGGAGCAGUUUCAGCACGACGAGCUCCUCUCCAGCGAUGGUGACAAGUUUGCUGAUGUCCUUCAGCCCGAACUGCUGCAGUUUGCGCGUGACACGGCAACAACACCGGCACAACGACUCGCAUACACGCGGUGGAUGCAGGCGCCCUUCACGGCCACCCGCGAUGCGGCUGCCGAAGCCGCAACGAGCACAACGACCUUCGCCGACGCGCUGAAGAGGUUCCAAGAAGAAGAACAAGAAGAAGCAGAAGAUUCUCGUGUGUGGACCAAGUUCCUUGAUGUCGUUGGAUGCAUGAACACCAGCAGCAUGCCUGAACCCUGCCGACUGGACUUUGCCCAAGCCGACCCAGAAGACGACGAUGACGAGGAAUGUGUGCUCGUGGCCUGGGACAUGUACGGCGUGUAUUUGACGUUCUUGGUGGACAGCAUCUCGUUUGAUGGCAAGCACUACGACAUCAGCGACGACGUUGGCAUUCAGCGCUUCAUUGCCGAGCUUACACCUUGCCUUCCUUCGCAUACGUGA